UUGAUUUUCCUCACCCACCAAUUCAUUUCUUUCUCUCAUCUCAUCUCCUCUCCAAACCCCUCUCUUCCUCUCUUCUUUCUAUCUCUUCUCCCUUCUGUUAAGCGGGAUGGAGUUUGGAUUCAAUGUUUGAUCAUUUUCUCAAGAUUGAAUCUUUAUAACGCUUGGUUUGCAUUUCAGGUCUUGAUUCUAGAUCUAUCGCUUAAUUUUGUAGCUUUUGACCGGUUUGCUAAAGGAAGAGGGGGUGAAGCUCUGUGUGCGCAAAAUAUACUUCCCAAUUCCUUUGAAUAAAGUACAUUCUAGCCCCAAUGCAAGGGCAAAAGAGUGCUAUUGGUUCCUUACCUGAAACUUUAGGCUUUAAUCAUGGGUCUACUUCAGCGGAUGCUGGCAUAGAACCACAGAUAUGCUGGAAUAAUUUGCGAAAUUCAACGCAGAACCUGAUACCAGAUUAUAUGGUUUCUUCUAAUGAAACUGCCUCUGGAUAUAUUGGUUCUGCAAGUCAAGAGAGGCAGAACUUGAAUGGCUGGAGUUUAGGAGAAAGCAGCUCGAGUAUUGGACAAAAUCAGGUUAGUGAAAAUGACCCAAAACCAGAACAUCACUGGCCAUCUCCUAUGAGUGCUUUCCCUGGACCACCUCGCAUCCCUGAGGAAAGGCGAUAUGGGCCCUCCAAUAUUCUUUCACUGAAUAAUGCUGAAGUAAAUAUAAAUAGCAAUCACACCAUUGGCACAGGACUAUUUAUGCAAGGUUCUAGUUCCCGCACUUCACCUCACAAUCUCAACAGAAAUUCAGGAUUUGAGGGGGAUGACACUGAUGAUGACGACGACGAUGACUGUCUAGUAAUGGAGUGUGUCACUGCUUACAAGUCUGAAGUACCGGUCAAUGAGCGAGUGCCAUCUGGUAGUACUUCCUUGAUCCCUUUUGCAGGCCCUUCUGGAACUGGUGGAUAUUUGGCUCCGGAAAGUGAUGGCAGGCCAGGCAGUUCACUUGAUGGUCGACGCAUAUCGUGUAAAAGGAAAGCACUUGAAGGCCAUGUUGGUCAAUCUUCUGGAAAUGGUAGUUCAAGUUACUUUCAUCAUGCCGAAAGUAGUGUGUGGCAUACUGUGCCUGCUCAACACAAUGUAAGUAGCAGUUCUGUCAUGUCCUCUCCUGCACAGAACUAUAAUGGUGUUAGUCUGCCAGAGCCGAUAAACCCAAGGCUUGGACUAAGCAUUGGAAGUGCUGCUCCUGAAGGUCCUCUUGGUUUAACUUCUUCCAGAAAUGCAGAAAGCUCCCGUAGAAAUUUCCGAGUGAGGAUUAAUACCUCACAACAACAAGAUUCUAGUCCUCAGAAUCUGUUUUCAAGCAACGCUGAUGUUGUAAAUGCUACCAUUUCAUCUGAUAGGCACUCAUCGAGACUCCUUAACAAUAAUUCGUUGAACUUACAGCCUCCAACAGUAACAUACAAUGCAAAUCCUCAAGGGUCAGUGCGUGUCCCUGCUUUGCGUCCUAGUGCACAGGCUAGGUGGAACGCUGCAUCUAGCUCAAGAAGUGGUAAUCCAGCUAGUUUUCCUCUUCCCGGGGAGAGAGAUUUCAUUCUAUUUGAUGAACCAAGUUCUAGAGGUGUGCCGAGAAAUAUGUCACAACAUCCCAUGUUUACUCCUGCUUCUGAGAUAGGGAAUCCAACCCAAAACCCUCCUAACUGGGGUUUAGCCAAUGGAAAUAUUAGUAUUGCUGGAAAUGCCGCUUCUACUUCUCGGGGUGCCUCUAGUUCAGGAGCUCCCAAUGCUUCUCCUUCUUGGGCACCUCAUCGUAAUCCUCCACAAUAUCCUAGGAGGCUAUCAGAAUUUGUUCGUAGAUCCCUGUUGUCUUCAGUUGCUUCUGACUCGGGGGUGACUGGCAAUAAUCCCCCUCCACUUUCUGGUUCUUCUGCUACCUCACAGGAGAUAGCUCUUUCUGCUAAUAAUGGGCAUCGGCCAUCUAGUUCAAGGUCAGCUAUGUUGUUAGAGAGGCAUCUUGCUGGUUCUUCUGGAGGUCCUUAUUCCUGGAGGGGUCUGGCUGCUGCUGGGGAGGGAAGAAGCAGGCUAGUCUCUGAGAUACGAAAUGUUUUGGAUCUUAUGCGACGUGGAGAGAACCUGCGGAUUGAGGAUGUGAUGAUACUCGAUCAGUCAAUCCUCUUUGGGAUGGCCGAUAUUCAUGAUCGGCACAGGGACAUGCGUCUUGAUGUUGAUAACAUGUCAUAUGAGGAGUUACUUGCACUGGAAGAGCGUAUUGGAAAUGUCUGCACUGGGUUGAGUGAAGAAGCCAUUACGUCCCGGUUGAAACAGCACAAGUAUGUGUCCAUGAAGACCGAAGAAUCUAUGGAAAGAGAACCAUGCUGUGUAUGCCAGGAAGAAUAUAACGAUGGGGAUGAUCUUGGAGCGUUGGAUUGUGGGCAUGAAUUCCAUAACGAGUGCAUUAAACAAUGGCUUAAACACAAGAACCUGUGCCCCAUAUGUAAAACGACAGGACUGGCUACAUGAUGAGCGGGGGAAAGGUGUACAAGUGUUUACCAUACAUCAUUCUUUCAUUUAAUCGGAACUGGGUGGGCAGCUGGAUGGAUAAAACGUCGUCGUCUCUCUUUAGGCAAGAAUGACUCCACUAAGUGGGUCAGAUCGCGUAGAGUCUCCAUAGGAAUCACUGAAGCGUGAAGGUCCUUCGCGUAUUUUUCUCCCCGUAGUUUUAUCGUCAUCUCCUUGUGGAGAAUAUGAGUGAUCCUAAAGUAGCUCUAGCUUUAGCCAUUCAUAUUGUUAAGAACCUCACUAGUUACCUGGAAAUGCACAAUUUUUUUUUUGUUUUUUUUUUUCUUUUUCAAUUCGUAUCCAGUAAGAAUUUAGAAUUACUUAUUUACUAUUGAAUAUUUGUUUAUUUAAUUUUUUGGCUGUAUGCUUAUUUGACAUAA